AUGAGCGGAGAACCAAUCGAGCUCGCCAAUCUUGGAGCUGUGGAAGCGCCAACGGCUGCAGCGAUAUCUGACACCACUGCACCACUUCCUCAAUACCCUCGUGGUAUCCGCUUGGUUCUGGUCACAGUCGGCCUUAUCCUUUCCAUCUUCCUCGCAGCUUUAGACUCGACAAUCAUCGCUACAGCAAUUCCGAGUAUCACCACCCAAUUCGGCAGUAUCAGCAAUAUAGCCUGGUAUGGCUCGUCAUACUCCAUCACCAACACUGCGUUCCAAUCCGCGUGGGGCAAAGCUUACCAGUACUUUAACCUCAAAGCGACAUUCAUGUGUGCGAUUGCAGUGUUCGAGAUUGGUAAUGUAAUAUGCGCAACUGCACCAUCGAGUGAGGUGUUGAUCUUUGGAAGGAUCGUGGCUGGCAUGGGCGGUGGUGGGGUGAUGACGGGCGCGUUCAUCAUCAUCGCAAUUACUGCUGGGCCGGAGUACAGAUCAGCGUAUAUGGGUGUGCUGGGUGUGACGUUUGGAUGUGCGAGCGUCGUAGGGACGUUGAUGGGUGGUGCUUUGACAGAUGGCCCCGGAUGGAGGUAUUGCUUCUGGAUCAGUCUACCGAUCGGUUUCGCUGCAGCGCUCACGAUGUUUCUUUGCUUCAAGAACCCCGAAAAGCCCAAAGAUGUACCUCUCCGCGAGAAAGUAUUGAAUCUGGAUCUUAACGGCGCAGUCUUACUCUCCGGGUGUUUCUCGUGCUUCAUUCUGGCCAUGCACUGGAUAGGCAUCAUGCCUUGGACGAGUGCUCGUGUUAUUGGCAGCUUCGUGGGCUUCGCAAGUCUCUUCAUCUGCUUUGCCGUCAACGAGUAUGUCAUGGGCAGCCGUUCUAUGGUACAGUUUCACUUGUUCAAGAACAAAUUGGUUUCAGCCAAUUUGCUCUAUGCCAUGUUCCUUGCUGGCGCCUUCUUCCCACUUAUGUAUACGCUACCCAUUCAGUUUCAAGCUGUCGACAACAACACGGCUUCGCAAAGCGGUAUCCGGCUCAUCCCGCUUGUCAUGGGCGUCUCGGUCUUCACCAUGAUAUCGAAUGGACUGCUCACAUUUUGGCGCCAUUACAAGCCCUUCUUCUUACUUGGCGCACUCUUUGCUGUGGUUGGCAAUACGAAGAUACACUCCCUGGACGUCAGUACACCAAUCAAAGACUGGGUUGGCUUCGAACUCUUGACAGCCAUGGGAGUUGGCCUCGCUCUUCAGAUCCCGAUGAUCGCGAACCAAGCCCUGGUUCCCGCUGAAGAUCUGGGAGCUGCAACAUCCAUGUCGCUGUUCAUGGAGAAUUGUGGUACUGUUCUGUUUGUCGCAUCGGGUGAAGCAGCAUUUACGAACGGACUCCUUUCAAGUCUUGCCCGUAAUUUGCCACAAGUCGAUGCGAAAGUGGUAUUAGAUGCCGGCGCGACGCAGAUACGCGCUCUUUUCUCAGGUCACGAGCUGGAGCAGGUGUUGGGUGGAUAUCUAGAUGGUUGUAAGACAAGUCAUAUCGUCACCGUAGCUUGUGGAGCGAUGGCUGCGGCGAUCAGCUUGUCGAAUGCAGGGCCGGCAGCCAUCAAAGAGUUGAAGAAGAGUAUCGAAAAGAGCCAUGAGCGAUGA